AAAAAAAAAAAAAAAAAAAGGAGGGCAUAUUUUUUUAUUUCUUACUAUUGUUUCUCUCUUUAUUUUCGAAUUUUAGAAAAAAAAAAGAAUAUAGCAAUGUUGUUCACUGUUUCUCGCAUUGCACGUCCUACCGCUGUACCUGUCAGCAAAGUUGUUCAAGCACGUAACAUGGCUACCUUGAAAGAAAUUCAACAACGUUUGAAGUCUGUUCAAAAUAUUGAAAAGAUUACCAAGUCUAUGAAAAUGAUUGCUUCUACCAAGGUCACUAAAGCUCAACGUGGUAUGGAAGCAGCUCGAGUUUAUGGCGAAGCCUCCAACUCUCUUUUCACUAAUGCUGAAACCAAGACUGCUGAAGAAGGUAAAGCUCUUUAUAUCGCUUCAUCUUCUGAUCGUGGUCUUUGUGGUGGUAUUCACUCAAGUGUAUCCAAGGCUACACGUAGAGCCGUUGCAGAACAACCUGAAGCUCAAAUUGUUGUUCUUGGUGAUAAGCCUAAGGCACAAUUAGGUCGUGUUUUACGUAAGAACAUUGCUCUUACUUUUAAUCAAAUUGGUAAAGAUACUCCUACUUUUGAAGAAGCUUCAUCUAUUGUUGAUCUUGUUAAAUCUUCUGAAAUUGAAUUUGAUACGGCCAAUAUUGUUUACAACAAGUUUAAUUCUGUUGUUUCUUAUGAAGCCAAUAUUCUUCCUGUCUAUUCUGAAUCUUCCUUCAAAGCUUCUCCCAAUUUUGCCAUUUAUGAAAUCGAGGAUGAUGUUCUUGCCAACCUUCAAGAAUUCGCUUUUGCCAAUACCCUUUAUUGGGCUAUGGUAGAAGGUCAUGCUGCUGAAAUGUGUGCUAAGCGUGCUGCUAUGGAAAAUGCCACUAAGAAUGCUGGUGAAAUGAUUCAAAAAUUAACUAUGACUUUCAAUCGUGGUCGUCAAGCUGUCAUUACAAACGAAUUGAUUGAUAUCAUUACUGGUGCUUCUGCUCUUUAAACGUUAUAAUUUCGAGUUCUCUCUCUCUCUCUCUCUCUCUUAAUUUAUUUACACGUAUAUAAAAAGAAAAGAAAAGAGAAAGAUGAUAAUUAUUAUUAUUUCAAUUCUCUGUAUUUUUUUUUUUUUU